AUGGCUGCUCCAGCAGAGAAUGCCAUCUUAAAGCGUGCCACACCUACGGUAUAUCUUGCUGGCGAUUCCACCAUGGCCAAAGGCGGCGGAGGAAGUCUCACUGAUGGUUGGGGUGUCUACCUGCCAUACUCCUUUACAGGCGUAAAUGUUGUCAAUUCCGCAAUUGCUGGACGCUCCGCGCGCAGCUUCUCCGACGAAGGCCGAUUUAAAGCAAUCGCAGAUAAAGUUAUAGCUGGGGAUUUUGUGAUUAUAGAAUUCGGGCACAACGAUGGUGGCUCACUCUCCUCUACCGAUAAUGGCCGGACCGACUGUGGUGGUGCAGGCUCCGAGACAUGCACCACUCCCGCCGGCGUCGUGGUGCAAACUUACCCUACCUACUUAACCAAUGCGGCGAAAUUGAUUACCGCCAAAGGCGCACGCGUUAUUAUAAGCUCUCCGACUCCAAAUAAUGUCUGCGAGGGUGGGCCAUGUUCAUAUUCCGCGAGCAGGUUCACGGGAUAUUGCAAGAUAGUUGUGGGCAACGUUGGCAAUAUGGCGGCGUUUGUGGACCACGGACAACUUGUGGCGAAUGAGUAUAUUCGUCUGGGGACCAAUGCUACCAAUUCCUUUUAUCCGAAAGACCAUACUCAUACAAGUCCCAAGGGCGCGGAAGUAGUUUCGGCACAGUUUGUUAAGGGGUUGCUGUGUGGGGGCAGCCCGUUGGCAGCUUAUGUGAAGAAUUCGACCGCCAGCAUACCAGGGAAAUGUGUUUAG